AAGGCAGCAAAGGCCAUGACAGAAGCCUGGGAUGUGGCUGUCUUUGCUGCCCGCCGGCGCAAUGAUGAUGAUGAGACCACCAGAGACAGCUUGUUUACUUACACCAACAGCAACAAUACUCGGGACCCUUUUGAAGGUCCAAACUAUCACAUUGCACCACGAUGGAUCUAUAACAUCACUUCUGUCUGGAUGAUCUUUGUGGUCAUUGCCUCAGUCUUCACUAAUGGUUUGGUAUUGGUGGCCACUGCCAAAUUCAAGAAGCUACGCCAUCCACUCAACUGGAUUUUGGUGAACUUGGCAAUAGCUGAUCUGGGUGAGACAGUUAUUGCCAGCACCAUCAGCGUCAUCAACCAGAUCUCUGGCUAUUUCAUUCUUGGUCAUCCCAUGUGUGUGUUGGAAGGAUACACCGUGUCUACUUGUGGAAUAUCAGCCCUCUGGUCUUUAGCCAUUAUCUCCUGGGAGCGUUGGGUUGUUGUCUGCAAGCCCUUUGGAAAUGUCAAGUUUGAUGCCAAAUUGGCCAUGGCUGGCAUUGUCUUCUCCUGGGUGUGGUCUGCUAUUUGGACAGCACCACCCGUCUUUGGCUGGAGUAGGUACUGGCCCCACGGUCUGAAGACAUCAUGCGGUCCAGACGUAUUCAGUGGCAGUGAAGACCCUGGAGUUCAGUCUUACAUGGUUGUGCUCAUGAUCACCUGUUGCUUCCUCCCACUGGCUGUCAUCAUUCUCUGCUACCUGCAAGUGUGGCUGGCUAUCCGUGCGGUUGCUGCCCAGCAGAAGGAGUCAGAAUCUACACAGAAAGCUGAGAGGGAAGUAUCAAGGAUGGUCGUGGUUAUGAUCAUUGCCUAUUGCUUCUGCUGGGGACCAUAUACGUUCUUUGCCUGCUUUGCUGCUGCCAACCCAGGCUAUGCCUUCCACCCCCUUGCAGCUGCCCUGCCUGCCUACUUUGCAAAGAGCGCCACCAUCUACAACCCCAUUAUCUACGUCUUCAUGAACAGACAGUUCCGUAACUGCAUAUUGCAGCUCUUUGGCAAGAAGGUGGAUGAUGGCUCUGAGGUCUCCUCCACUUCCCGCACUGAAGUCUCCUCUGUCUCUAAUUCUUCUGUAUCACCAUCAUAA